GAUGCCGCCGUCCGCCUGGGCCGGGGCUGCGGCCGAGCCGUGUGCCAAAGCCUGGUGCAGCGUGGGCUGAUCCAUCGGCUGCAGGGCCGUGAGGACGACGCCCGGCGGGACUUCCAACAGGCGGCACGGCUUGGCAGCGCCUUCGCACGGCAGCAGUUGGUGCUGCUCAACCCCUACUCGGCCCUCUGCAACCAAAUGCUGAGCGAGAUGCUGGGGCGGCUGCGCAACCCCGAUGUGGUCGGCAGUGACUGAGGCCGCCGGACCCCCGUCCUGACUGAAGCUCAGGGGCACAGCUGUGCUUGGAAGGACUCUGAAGGUUUAGAGGAGGCGGCAGCACGCAGCUGCUCGUCGUCCAGAGCCGCCACGGGGAAAGCUUCCUGCACCUCAGCUUUGUCGUGGCUCUGUUCCAUCACAAAUAAACCUCCCUGGCGGCCCAGCAGGGCUCUGG